AUGGCUUUCCGCACCCGUCAAUGCUGUCCGCUGGUCGGGUUGGAGAAGAGGGAGUGGUUCAUCGGGGCCGAAGCCAGCAGCAACCAGGGGAAACUUAACCUGGAGCGCCCGUUCUCCCGGGGGACCGUCACAAACUGGGACCACGCCGAGAAGAUCUGGCACCACACCUUCUACCAGGUGCUCCACGUGGCCCCUGAUCAGCACCCUCUGAUGAUGACAGAUCCGCCUUUGAGCUCAAGCUCCUACAAAGAGAAGGUGUCACAGAUCAUGUUUGAGACCUUCAACAUCCCCGCCCUCUACUUGGCCAACCAGGGGGUCCUCGCUCUGUAUUCGUGCGGCAAAACCACUGGAAUGACCAUCGAGUCUGGAGAAGGGAUGACCUACUUUGUGCCCAUCUUUGAGGGCUGCCCUUUGCGUCAGUCGAUCAUGAAGCUGGACAUUGCUGGACAAGACCUAACCUUGUACUUACUGCAACUGCUGUCAGAGAGUGGAUACUCAUUUGUGAGCAGAGGGGACAAGGACUAUGCCCAAGACCUCAAGGAAAAGUGCUGCUACGUGGCUUUGGACUUCGAAAAAGAGCUGGCCAAAGCCCAGUCGCCUUCCUUCAAACAGACGUUCCAGCUGCCCGACGGCCAGGAGGUCCAGGUCGGCAGAGAGCGGUUCCUGUGCCCCGAGGCCCUCUUCAAGCCCGGCGUCCUCGCCCCAGAGAGGAGCAGGCUGAGCAUCCACAUGGCCGCCUCGCAGAGCAUCUCCUCCUGCCCCCGCACCCUCUGGAAGACCCUCUUCAGAAACAUCCUGCUGGCCGGGGGCACCGGCUCCUGCUCCGGCCUGUGCCUGCGGCUGAAGAAGGAAAUGAACGAAGUGGUCUCCCCUUACCUGAGCGUGAAGGUGUCCACCUGCCCCUACACCGUAUACGCCUCAUGGAUUGGGGGCUCCAUCCUCUGCUCGCUCUCCAUGUUCAAGGACAUGUGGGUCACCCAGGAAGAGUACAGGGACAUUGGUUUGUCCAGCAUCAGUAGAAGGAGCUUGUGA